UACAAUGUUUUUAUGCCGUAUGUAUACACACUCAAUACUUUGCAACAUUGCUUGGCCUAAACUUUGUAUAAAUAAACUUUGCAACACUGUUGCGUUUAGGCACAUCUCUAAUGCGCAACAAUGGCCAAACAAAAUAUUUUAAUAGAAGAAAUUUUAAAUUUAAUUGAUGGUCAAACAAGAAAUUCAUUGUUAAUAUCGAAAAUAAUUUUACGAAAGCGUAAAAGACUGGCUGCAUUAUUUGCGCAGAAAAAAGUGCCAAGAACCAUACCAAAAAAUAAAAAAUAUUUGGAAACCAUAAAUAGGAUGCCAAAUGACGUGUUUUAUAGUCAUUUCCGAAUGCAAAUCUCAACUUUCGAGAAAUUAUACUGUAUGCUCGAACCUUUAUGGAGUAAGCUAUCUACUGGACGUCCCCGAAGUUCGUUGAAGAAGUGUCUCUAUAUGACAAUAUGGAAACUUUCCAAUCAGAGCAGCUUUCGCGAAGUUAGUGAUCGUUUCAAUAUUGGAAUGGGAGCUUGUUACAGAGGCUUUAUUCAAUGCAUACAAAUUAUAUCUGCGCAGAAGCAGAUUAUUGUAUUUCCAACGACUGAGCUUACCCAAAAGAGGGUUAUGGAAGCUUUUGAGUCUUACCGAUCACAUCCAUUCCCUUAUGUUUUGGGAUGUAUUCAUGGGACUCAUAUAAAAAUUUUGCAGCCGACCAAGGAUGGCAUUAGUUACUACAAUCGGAAGGGAACACAUUCUGUUAUAGUACAAGCUGUUGCUGAUAGCAAUAUGCGAUUUCUCGACGUUUUUAUAGGCUAUCCCGGUCGGUGUCACGACGCAGCAGUGUGGUCAGCUAGCCCAUUGAAGCGAGCAAUUGUAAAUGGUCUCAUUUCAUUUCCUCCAGAAUGUCAUUUGCUUGGUGAUGCAGCGUAUCCUUUAGAAACGUAUUUAAUGGUACCUUACAAAGACAAUGGGUUCCUAUCUGAAGCCCAAACAACAUACAAUAACAUUUUAAGUUCGACCAGAGUGUGUGUGGAACAAGCAUUUGGUGUGCUAAAAAAGAAGUUCAGAAUAUUAAAUUUUUUAGAAGUUCACGAUAUUAAAUUGGCAAAGAAUAUUAUUAUGUCUUGUUUCGUACUUCAUAACUAUAUAUUGGAACACAAAGGAAAUCCUGACGGGGUGAUUAUUGAAAACGUGCCUCACACCGAGAUCAACACGCUUCCAGCUGAUGGAAACCAACGAAGCGAAGCAAGUGCAAAAAGAGAAAGGCUGACUAAUUUGUUGUCAGCUUAG